AUGGAUCCACGACAGCAGGGCCAGGAUUAUGGAGGAAACAAUGCUUCGAGAGCAGGAGGGAACUAUGGUUUCAAUAGUGGCCAAAAUGAUCCUUUCAAUUCUUUCGUUCAUACCGAUAAUGAAUCUGCCUUUGAUUCGUCUUGGAAUCCUCAAGCAUAUCCUGCACAGCAGCAGCCAAUCAAUGGCUUCGAUCACGGAAACCAGCAAUGGCAACAGAAUCCUUACCAGUCUCCCAAUUCGCUUCCCAUGCCCAACUAUGGAGGCCAACCAAGCGAUUACGACCAGAUAUACUCAAGGAAUCCCGCAUCUUUCAGCUAUUCUGGCUUCGACCCCAACACGAGCCACGCAUUUUCUGCCUCUCCAUUCGACAGUGCUUUGAACUAUGGUCAGAUGCCAUUGAACAGUGGCACUCCGUAUGACUACUCCGCCCCCCCAGCGUACUCGCAGCAUAACGAGACAAUAUCCCCUCAAGCGCUGCAGAACUAUCCAUUCCCAUCAACAAAGACUGAGGAACCGCGUCAGCCUCAGCACUCACAGCAUGGCUCCACCAUGCCCAUACGGCGAGCUUCUGUGACAGGAGUCCCUGCUCCCAACCACCAAGAGUGGAUCAAUCUCGCGUCCGCGACGCCACCUUCUACCAUUUUCCUCGAGGGUUUACAUAUCAGGCCUACUCAGAAGCUUUCGACCGCCACUAAGUCCACACACCUCAAUGGCUUUACAUUUGUGGGCAGUAGUACGCUACCGCGCAGCACAACUAAAGCCACCGUACCUCGCUUCAAGAGAAGAAAGUCUUUGAGGGAGCUCAGACGUCUGCUCGAAUUAGAGAAAGGAAAAGACCCCUGGCCUCGAGAUCGGGAGCCUGUUCUGAAGAAGCUCAAGACCGCAGAGACAAAGAUGUUCGGUCCACGUACUCCUGCAGCUUCCACGCAUGCGCAUAAUGGAUCCGUAGCCGAGUCUAUGUCCCCUUCAGAAUCUUCGGAGUCUGAAUCUGAGGACGAAUCGGAAUACUAUUCGGAGUCUGAAGAAGUAACUGAGCCGGAGGAACCUUCGCCGCUUCCCGCGAAUCGCCCGGCAGAUCCCAGCAAAGCGAUAGAGUACGACGUCAUCAAAGCCGUUUGGGCCAGAAAGAAUGUAGGCCUUUCCGGCACUGUGAUACGCACCGCCCUCGGUGAGUAUUGGAACAUAUUCAAAACUAUUCGCGACAAAUGGAAGGCAAAAACUACGUCUCUGCAGCAAGCAAUUGAGAAGAAAGACCAGGCCAGCAUCAAGACGUAUGAGCGUCGAGUUGUCGAAUCACGGCGCCUCCUAGAAUCAUGCAUCAGUCUGACUCUCAAGCACAGUCAUCCGGACAUCAUUGAAAAACUAGGCGAAAAUCCUGCCCUACUAGUUGUGUUCUAUCAAUUCCUCGCAGACCGAUUUAAGGAUAGUGAAUAUACUGGGAGCUUCAUCGCCAGCAUCCUCGAGCUCAUGACGCGAUGCACUACAAUCGAUCAGUCGAUCUUGGAAUUGACAAAGAUAGAAAAAGUGCUCCCUAGACUGAUCAAAAGAGGAGACGACCAAGGGAAAAGGUUUGCGCAGAAAGUUCUAGACAAUGCUGCAGAUGUCUCGAAGCAGAAGACUGCAGAUGAUAAGUCAGCGCUGGGCCAGGAAACGAAUGGAAAGCUACUGGGUGAAGGAGCAAGGAAUUCUAGCUCCAACGAGACCAAAAAUGCACGGCCAAUCGAUGCCAAGAAGGGCGAAAAGGGUGUCGCGAGCAAAACAGCCUCUGAAGCUCGCCAACCAUCAACAAAGGUCGACGCAAAGGCAGGGGCAAAGCUGCCAUCAGCCGAUGUGUCUUCCACGAAGGCGAAAUCCCAUACUGUUACUGCUAAACCUUCUGGCUUCUUCUCGAGUUUGCAGUCGGCAUCAAAGAAGCCAGGUACCUCUUCGAAGCUGAAAGAUAGCAAGCCUAGUACCGGCUCCGAGAUUAAAUCUGAGCUCGCCUCAGAGCCUCCGAAACCGACUUUUUCAUUUGCUGCAACGAUGGCGAAUCUCAAUAAACAAGCAGAGGCCGCACCCGUGAAAUCCGAGGAGACUCGAAAACCAGAAACGCCAGAAGAAAAGCAAAAACGACUCCGCAAAGAACAGCGCCGCAAACUCAGGGUCUCUUUCAAAGAUGAUGAUCUAGUCCAAAUACGAGAGUUCGUGCAUGACCCGGAUGAGGAACUUGGUCACGAAGACAGCCAAGUCCGCGAUGUCGGCGAUAGUAGAGGAGAAGGUCAAAUGUUGAAGAUGCACAGAGAUCUUGAUCUUAUGGAUGAGGACGAGGACUAUGAGCCUCCCGACGAAGUGCUACCAGAUUGGGUCACUCCUAAAGAGGUCGACUUCAGCGUCAUCGAUCCUAGCGAACUAGCUCGAAAUUAUACCAGCCGUGGCGGGAAAGCUGAAGUAAAGAGCGAUGAGCGGACGGCCCAGGAGCAACGGGAGUUUUCUACCCUCAUGGUCAUCUAUACAACCCCAUCGGAUAUUCCAUCUUCACCUCGAGAACCCUCAGAUCCCUUUACUGGCGACACCUUAAUGGAAGACAGCUUUGGAACGCCGGUUGAACAGACCAAGACACGCGAAGCCCAGUAUCUUGCAGGAGAGAACCGUCAAGCAGUCGCUGCUCAGCCGCCAACGCCUGAUAUAUCUGCCCUUUUUCGCAUUCUGAGUAGUCAACAGCAAGCUCCGGCGCCGCAGCCACAACCACCGCCAGCCGCACCUGCUGCUUCAACAGGCCUUGAGGCCAUCUUUGCGCAGUUUGCAAAUGCCAACAAUCAGCAAAAGACUCCGCAAAUGCAAGUCCCUCAGCCUGUGCAACAGCCGGCGCCUGGCUUCAAUCUACAGGCAGCUCUGGCGAAUAUGACGCAGCCAAGCCAGUACGGGGCACCUCAACCAGCCCCUGUACCCGAUUUGCAAGCCAUACUAGCCGGUUUAGGUAGUGGGCAGCCGGCACCACUGGCGCCGCAAACGCAAGGCUACGGGUAUCCCAACUCAUACCAGAACGACAAUGAUCGCAAGCGUCAGUACGAGCAAGACGACGGCGAUUAUGGCUACGGCAAAGGCAAGAGACCUCGACAAGGGGUCGGUCAGGGCAAGAAGCCAUAUUACGGUCCACCUCGACUUCCUUGCAAAUUUUUCCAAGAAGGCAAAUGUCGAAAGGGGGAUGAGUGCACCUUUCUACAUGAAUGA